AUGCCGGCAAUUCUCGAACCGCGGAACGUAACCCACGUUCCUAUCAGCGAUGAUGAGCGUGCCUCUCGGACGAUGUCUCGUCAGAAUAUCGAAAAGGCAGUAGUUGCUCUUGCUGAAGAUGGCGUUGUUGUCCUUGAUAAUGCUGUCUCCGAGAAGUCAUUGGACUUUCUCAAUGGGAGGAUGACCAAGGAAGCCAGACAACUGCGUGAAGACAGCAAUACGCAGUUCAACUACAGCAAGAAGGCACAGAACAUCCUGCAACACAUGAUUCCCGAACCUGAGUACAUUCUCUCAGACAUUCAAGCCAAUCCAUUCGCCAUUGCCGUGUGCAAGGCUGUCCUGGGACCAAAGCCCGUCCUCCGCUACCACAAGGCCAAUACGAACUUCCCCGGCGAGUCCCGCCAGCCAGUGCAUUCGGAUGUACACUAUCAACAUCCUCGUGCCUGUUUCGCGCUCGCAGUGAACACAGUUCUCAUCGACUGCUCACCGGAGAACGGUUCAACGGAAUGCUGGCCCGGAACCCACCUGACUACCAGAUUUGCCGACCAAAACGGAAUGAACGGCAUCUUCACUCACCUGCUUGAGGAACGUGCCAAAACAGCACCUCCCGUGCAACCGACAAUCAAAAAGGGGGGUCUCAUCAUCCGUGAUAUGCGAUUGUGGCAUGCCGGUAUGCCCAAUCGGACUGCAGACCAGGUCCGUGUGAUGCUGAACCUGAUUUACUUUGCCGACUGGUACCGUUCCCCCAUGAAGAUCAAGUUCCCCAAGGAAUCCGAGGCGCGCAUUCGGCAACUCGAGGCCGAAAGCGGCACUGAGAUUGCAGCCGAGUUUGUUGACCAGCUGGACCAUCUGACCCUGUGUCACACGCAUGACUUUGGACAGGAUGAUAAGAGGGAGGAGUUUGGGAGGAAUCGGGAGUGA